AUGAGAUAAAAUAUUUCCUUUCAACCAUAAACAGAUGACAAAAAUGUUUUUCAAUCGAACUCUUCCAAUAUAUAUGGUACAGGCAGAUUUGGAGAUAUAAGACCAAAAAACAUUACAUUUUAAGGUAAUGACAGUUAACAUAACAUGGUUUUUGAUCCCAAUAAAGUUUAAUCAUCUCAACAUAUGACAUUCUAUAAAUAAAAUGAUAGUAAUAGAUAAUCAGGGGCUAAAGUUGGAUCGUAAAUAGAUUCACAACAAAAAGGAUUUGCAUUUUCAUAAAGUCCAAAUCCAUUUUUAUAACAAUCAGAACCAUAAGAAAAAUAAUAAUUUAGUAGUUAAGGAUCUGAUAAAAAGAAGGGAGCCUCAGAUAAAUAUUUUAAAAAUGGAAAUCAUUAAUAAUAGUUUUAUAAUAAAAAUGCAUAGCAACCCAAUUUUGAAGAGAGAAUUUGUGAAUAACAUGGAAAUGCUGCCAAGUUUAUUUGUACAACUGUAGGUUGUUUGGUUGGAGGCUUAUGUGAGGAAUGUUAACAUUAAUGUCCUAAUAUAACUGAUAUUGAAGACUAUUUUAGAGUUUUAGAGUUGAAAUUAGCAAAUCAAUAAUUAGAUGUGAUAUAAAAUGAGAAAUUUAAAUCUCUCUCUUCAAUUAGAGAUUAUUUUAAUUAAAUUCGACAGGAUAUAAUCAAUCAAAUAGAUGAAUUAGAAAUCAAAUUUAUAGCAAAAGUAAUUAAUGAGACUAGUUUUAAUAUUGAAUUGCCACAUCAAUUUGUUUAAGAGUUGUUUGAAACCAAUUUAAUAGAUCUUACUAGAUAGACUUCAUAAUUAUCAAAACUCAUAUACAACGACUUUUUGAAGGUUUCAGAAUUCAGCAAAGUCUUUGUAUCUGAUUAAAGUAGAUUCUAAAAAAAACUAUAAAAGAAUAUCUAAUUAUUAAAUUAGCUUUUUAGUAAUUUUAUUUAUUGUUGUGAAUAAUAGCUAUUAAACUGUGUUGUCGAUCAUUCAGAAUUAAAUCUUUAAUUGAUUGAUUAGUAAUCAUAGUUUCACUAAAGUAAAACUUUCGAGAAUUAAAUGAAGAACUUGAAAUCCUACAAAACAAUAUAAAAUAAAUCUAAAAACAUUUCUGACAUCUGCUUAAUUUCAAAUUCAAUGUUAGCCUCAGCAGAAGAAAAUGGAGAAAUAACCCUCUGGAAAUUACCUUACUUUGUUUAAAUACAUAAAUUUCAGCAUGGUGUCGAGUGUAUAUCAUUGGCUGCAAUCAAGGAUAAUUAAAAUACACAGUUUCUUCUGAGCGCAGGCAAAGACAGAGAUGAAUACUAAAUUUAUUUAUGGAAUGUAGAUCUAAGAUCUAGAGUAGGUGAUGUGAUUGGCCAUUCUAAACAAUUAAGAAAGAUUGUACCGUUGGCUUAUUCACAAAUAGCCUGGUGUUAGGAUGAUUCAAAAAUAAGAGUCUGGAAAUUAAAUGAAAAAGAGCUAGCACAUGAACUCAAUGUCCAUUCAGCCUGGAUCAAUGAUUUAUGUAAAGUAUCAAGAACCUAAAUUGCUUCUUGCAGUAGAGAUUACACAGUGGCAGUCAUUGAUUAUCUAACUGGAAAGACUAAAUUUAUUAUCAAAGAUGUCACCUAUGUGAAUUGUGUUACAUCAAUCAAUAGUGAAUUGUUUGCUUUUGCUAAUUAUAAUGGAUAAUUGAACAACCAUAACUUAUACAAUAAAUCUAAGUAUCGAUGA